UCGGGCCGCACGUGCUGCGUCAACGGGCUCUUCACAUUCUCCCUCAUCAUGGUGUUCUACAAGCACAAUGCGCCCUCGACGACGUCGCUGUCCGACGACGACGACGACCGCGAUGAUGUUGACGUCGGCAAGCAGGUCUUCUUCCCCGUCGACACCCGUUCGUACGUCGUAUCACCCGCCCAGUGGUCAGGAAGGACACACAAGCAGGCCCCGACGCCGCUCGCCAGGGCACCGCGCCAUCAUCGCUGCCCCAUCGCGCGCCUCCCCGCCGAGCUACUCAUCUACACCUUCAAGUUUCUCCACUCGCCCCGCGACAUCUAUCACUGCCUCUUUGUGUCGCGCACCUGGUGCGAGUGCUCCGUCGAGCUGCUCUGGCACAAGCCCAUGUUCUCCCGCAUCGAUACGCUCGCCAAAAUGCGCCGCGUGCUCUCGGCCACCGAGCACACGUUUGCCUACGCCAGCUUUAUCCGCCGCCUCAACUUCCUCAACCUCGCCAAGGAGAUGCAGGAUGGGAACUUCUGCAUCAUCUCGCGCUGCGAUCGCCUGGAGCGUCUCACGCUCGUCAACUGCGAGCACAUCUCCAACAUUGCACUAGAGCGCGUGCUCCCCUCAUUCCCCUGCCUUGUUGCGGUGGACCUCAAUGGCGUGGUGAACACGACCAACGAGGCCAUCGUCGGCCUCGCCCUCUCAUCAAAGCGGUUGCAAGGGAUCAACUUGGCGGGUUGCAAGCAUGUGUCUGACGAAGGAGUGAUGGCGCUCGCGAAGAAUUGCCCCCUUCUCCGCCGCGUCAAGUUGAGUGGCCUUGAGCAGCUGACGGACGAGCCCGUCCGCGCUCUCACUCGCAUGUGUCCCCAUCUCCUUGAACUCGACCUCCAUCACUGCUCCCUCAUAACCGAUGUCGCUAUCCGCGAUGUCUGGCAAUACUGCCACAACAUGCGCGAGCUGCGUGUGGCGUACUGUCCCGAACUCACCUCGGCCGCGUUCCCGGCUCCAAUCCCCGAGAACGCGUCCGCCGCGUUGAACCCCUUCCCUUCGCAGCAGCCGAAUGGGGGCCGCAACGACGACCUUCCGCCACUCGUGAUCAACCGCACUUGCGAACAGCUGCGCAUGCUUGAUAUGACGGGAUGCAGCGACAUAACCGACGAUGCCAUCGAAGGCAUCAUCGCUCACGCGCCCAAGAUUCGCAACCUAGUGCUGUCCAAGUGCUCCAAGCUGACAGACCGGGCGGUGGAAAAUAUUUGCAAGCUCGGCAAGCAUCUACACUACCUGCACCUCGGACAUGCCUCCAAGAUAACGGAUAGCUCCGUGCGAACGCUGGCGCGCUCGUGCACCCGCCUGCGAUACGUCGACUUCGCUAACUGCGUCUUGUUGACGGAUAUGUCUGUCUUCGAGCUGUCGUCGCUCACCAAGCUUCGUCGCGUCGGCCUCGUCAGGGUGAACAACCUUACUGAUGAAGCUAUAUUUGCGCUUGCCGAGCGGCAUGCGACGCUUGAGCGCAUCCAUCUCUCGUACUGCGACCAGCUUACCGUCAUGGCCAUCCACUUCUUGCUCCAGAAGCUGCACAAAUUAACGCACCUAAGCCUCACGGGCGUGCCUGCCUUCAUUCAGCCCGAUCUCCAGCAGUUCUGUCGUCCGCCGCCUCAGGAGUUCACUACUGUUCAGCGCGAUCAGUUUUGUGUAUACUCUGGCAAAGGCGUCUCGAACCUCCGGGCAUUUCUUACAGAGCUUUUCGACCACAUCACCGAGAUGAAUUACACGGACGACACCGACUACGACGAGGAAACCGACGGUGAGGACUACCAGGCGGAGCAUACUCCGGAGCCCGAGGCGCCUGAGGAAGAAGUGCAGAACCCUGAGAGCGCAUACAGGAUGACUUUCAACGCUCAACAGCUGCCGUCCGCUCGUCGGGUAACGGAGUCCACCCAGACGGUGGCCCAGUCGUCGGGACCUAGUAUUGUCGAAGCGCAGAGGCCUUCGCGCUCGUCGACCAUGACCGCCUUUGGGAAUGCCUUCGAGGGAGGCUCAAGGUCGACCUUGGCGUCUGGUCCGUCGUCGGCGUCGUCGAGCCAGCAGCGUCUGCAUCCUGUCCCGUCGAGCAGCCGCAUGCAUCUGCCGAUGCGCCGGUCCAUCCUGGACGACAUCCCCAUCGUAGAGCCCUCUACAUCGCCACCGCUCAGCGACGUCGCGUCCAACCGUAGUGUGGGCACCAACCAGUCGAACGGUGCAGGUUUCUUCCGCACCUACGAUCCAGCUGUGGUCUCAUCGUCGAGGAGCAAUGGCGCGCUCACGCCAGACUUGAACUACGCCGAGUUGGGACACGGUCGAGGUAUCCAGUCGACGCUCAUGAUGCGACGAGGUGGCAAUGAGCUGCCGCAUUCGCGGUCGUCUGGCGAUAUGCGCUCAUCGUCCCCUUCGCUCGUCGUAGAGGAGGAUGGUGACGAGGACGACGAGGACGGGCCGUCGCUGUCGACGCAGACGCCGGUUCCACCACGACGUACGCUGCCCUCGGAAGCUGGGCCGUCAUGGCCGCAUCGCGAGCCGGCGAGUCCGACCGAGGAGACGCACGGCGAUGGGAGAGGGAGGAACGUCAAGCGCAGUAUCAGGAACACGCUCAACAUCGCAGAGCACUACGCUAGCUCGCUCCUUUUCGGUGGCCGUCAGCAGGAGGGGUCUUCGUCGGGCCACACGCGCAUGUAGACAUCUAUCUCGUCCCUUUCUCGUUUCGGUGCCGUGCCAGUCGCGGCGGUUGGACAGUGUUCGCUCAUAUCGCAUCGCUCGUUCUCUGGUUGGUCUUGUCUAUCGUCUCGUCGUCUUCCUUGUAUGAACACCACUAUCGUAUUAUAUAUCCGCUCCCUCAUAGUAACAUAGCUAUCGCAUAACCCACUAUGUAUAUAUUCCCCGAUCCCUCCUGCACUAGAUGAACACUGUCGUUGUCGUUUUCGGCA